AUGGCCAGCUCGAGUUUCGCAGAAUGGCAACGUCGCAGUGACUUUCAACUCGGGGUCGGGCUACUAGGAAUGGCUUCCUUUGUCCUCGUGGCUGUCUUCUGCGCCGUUUUAUACAGAGUUAGCGGGUCAUCCAGCAUCAAGAAAAUCACUGCACAUCCCUACGUGCUGUUUGCAUAUGCGUGCAUGCUCAAACCUCAUGGAAGAAGAAGUGACGGGGGCCAACAGUCAGCUUUAGAAAACUUCUACUCCACUCAGGCAAGUGUAUAUGAUGCCACGAGAAAACGUCUCCUCCAGGGCAGAGAAGAUAUGUUGGCGAUUAUUGCCGCAAAGCUACAGUCGAGGGCUCUCUCCAACAGAGGCCGCAAGCCGGUCUGGUACGAUAUAGGCGGCGGGACUGGUCACAACAUCGAGGUCAUGGACAGGUUGGUGGGCAUUGAGACGUUCUUUGAGCACGUUUUCCUCGUCGAUUUGUCCACCUCCUUGUGCGAAGUCGCGAACGAACGGAUCCGCGUGCAUGGCUGGAAGAAUGUCACUGUGCUGUGUCAGGAUGCCCGGGAAAUCGCAUGUACUCCCUCGUCGGCCGAUUUGAUCACCAUGAGCUACAGUUUGUCAAUGAUUCCCGACUUCUAUAGCGUGGUCGACAUGGUUUCAAGCUUCCUGUCUCCGAGUGGCUUGAUUGGAAUUUGUGACUUCUACGUCCAAAGCAUUGUCGACGUCUCUUCAAGAAAUUACGUGGGUGGAACUUUCAAUCGCCAUGUCAACUGGUUUGGGCGGAUGUUCUGGCGGACAUGGUUCGAUGCUGAUCGAGUCAAUCUUGACGGCGGUCGGCGAGACUACAUCGAGUAUCGCUUUGGCACCAUUCUCUCGGCCAGCGAGCGGAAUUAUCUUCUGGGCGGUAUUCCGUAUUACAUCUUCGUCGGGUGCAGACGCGACGCCGAUAUCUUUGCAGAGCAAGGCGAGGAUGUUCUUGCGAAACUUGAUGCUGCUCUUACCGAGUCUCCCUACUUGUCGCCCACCAGAUUCCAGGAGCAACGGGCGCAGGAUGCUCAGCAUAAUGUUCCUCGGUCGAAAUCAUACGAGUCAGCUAUUGUCAACCUCAGUUCCGACCUACCUCUUCCUGCGGCCUUCUACCAACAACAUCACUGGAGAAUACACUACAAUGAUCUUCUUAGCAAGCAUCAACAGUUCGGUGACGAAUACAUUUAUGCCUUCAACUGGGAGGAUCCCAAAGUCGACCGCCAAAUUCUAAACAUCAAUAAAGACGACGUCAUUCUCACCAUCACCAGUGCUGGAGACAACAUCCUCGACUACCUCCUCGAAAAGCCCCGACGAAUCCAUGCAGUUGACCUCAAUCCCAACCAGAAUCAUCUCCUUGAGCUGAAGGUGGCGGCAUUCACAGCAUUGCCAUAUAGCGAUGUCUGGCAAAUGUUUGGCGAAGGGCAGCAUCCUGACUUUCGCAACCUCCUUCUUUCUAAGUUGAGUCCUCACAUGUCCAGUCAAGCAUUUCAGUACUGGCUCCACAGUGCUCACGUCUUCGGCUCACCGGGCGGACUUUACCAAAGCGGUGGUUCGAGGCACGCAAUCAGACUCAUUCGCCGACUCUUCAAGGCGUUUGGUCUGAUGGCCAAGGUACAUACAAUGUGUCGAGUGGAAACCCUGAAUGAGCAGAAAGAACUCUGGCCGAGUAUCAGGAAGAUCCUGCUGAGCUGGCCCCUUCAUCGUGCAGUGGUGUCAACAGAAUGGUGGGCAUGGAAGGCCGCCGGUGUUCCUCCUGCACAACAUGCACUCAUCCUGGAGGACUAUUCCCAGCGGACGGAACUUCCCAAGUCGAGAUGCGGCGAAGCCAUCUGGCAGUACGUCGUUGACACUUUGGAUCCGGUGGUCGAGACAACACAGAUCAGUCGGGACAAUUACUUCUACUACCUCUGCCUCCAAGGAAGAUAUUCGAGGAAAUGUCACCCGCGGUAUCUCGGAGUCAAAGCCCAUGCGACUCUGUCAAAGCCUGACACGUUUGACGGGUUACGCAUCCACACCGACGAGAUUAUGGAAGUAAUCGCACGGAUCAGCCCGUCAACGUUGACCAUUGCCAUUCUCAUGGACUCCAUGGACUGGUUUAACCCCGGCGAGACGGUGGCGCAUGAGCAGAUCGUCGCCCUGAACAAAGUACUCAAAGUCGGCGGGCGCGUCCUCUUCCGAUCGGCAGCGCUGCGUCCUUGGUACACGCAGAUUUUCGAGAAGAAUGGGUUCGAGGCCAAAUGCGUCGGCAGAAGAGAUUCUGGGAAGUGUAUUGAUCGUGUGAACAUGUAUGCUUCAACCUGGAUCUGCACGAAGAGAUUCGAUCUUUUGAUGAGUCCAGCAGGUGGAUUGAAGGUCGGCACUGUCGGGGCUCUUGAGGAGCUGCAGAUCUGA